AUGGACAAGAAGGACCGUGUCCGCCAGCAGCUCCGGUUGUGCGCCGGACAAAUGCAACAGCUUCUUGAUCAACUAAACCCCGCCCACAAUAUCUCCCAAUCCCUCAAGAAUACCAUCGCUCAAAUCCAGCACUUCAACAAGUUCGACCAGCCUAACGUGAUCUCACUAUGGCAACAUCUUCUCCAUGAGCCUCGCCCGUUUCCUUUUCGUACUGGGGAAUUCAACCCUCGAGGAGAGGCGCAGAGUCUUCUUGACAGACGGGCUCAGCGAAACCUGAUGAUUCCGAUACUUGUCGUCGAUACCAGUAACAACCGUGAAGAAGGUCUCCCUGGUGUGCAGAAGAAGCUUGAGGCAUUUGAUUCCGUCGAUGAACUGCAUGGUCCACCACUGAGGUUGAAGACCAGAAAAAAGCGCAGGAAUACCGACGACGACGAGCUGACUCAAGCCGACCACGGAAAUGAAGAAGACUUUCUCGGCGUGGAGAAGAAGAUUGAGACUCACAACAUCAUCGAUAAAAUGCAUGAUUCAGUAACAAAAUGGAAGAUCAUCAGAAAACGAAUGAAUGACGACUACGACGGCGAUGAUGAGUUGAAUCAACCUCAACCAAAGCGCACCAGGCUAUCUAAGAAGCAGUGGCGUGUCUCUGAUUAG